AUGUUAAGAUCAUUUAAAAGAUUUGCAUCAACCUCAGGUUUAUUAAAAACUCCAUUAUAUGAAGCUCAUAUAGAAUUAGGUGGUAAAAUGGUUCCAUACGCAGGAUUUGAAAUGCCAGUAUUAUAUAAUUCAGAAUCUCAUAUAGAUUCUCAUAAUUGGGUAAGAUCAAAUGUUGGAUUAUUUGAUGUAAGUCAUAUGUUACAACAUAAUAUUACAGGUGCUGAUUCUCAAAAAUUUUUAGAAAAAAUUACUCCAAUUGAUUUAAAUUUAUUGCCUGAGAAUAGUUCAAGUUUGUCUGUAUUGUUGAAUAAUGAAGGUGGAGUCAUUGAUGAUUGUAUUAUUACAAAACAUGGUAAAGAUAAAUUUUAUAUGGUUACAAAUGCUGGAUGUAGAGAGAAAGAUGUAAAUUUUAUCAAAAAGGAGUUAAAAAAUUUCAAUUCUGUGAGCCAUGAUACUUUCGAAGGUACUUUAUUAGCUAUUCAAGGACCAAAAGCUCAAGAAUUAUUACAAAAAUUUACAAAUGAAGAUUUAAGUAAAAUUUAUUUUGGUCAAACUAAAUUUAUUAACUUAUCCCCAAUUUCAGCAGCUAUUCAUUUAGCAAGAUCAGGAUAUACUGGAGAAGAUGGUUUUGAAUUAUCUAUCCCAUCAUCAAAUGAUCAAGAAACGAGAGAAGCCUUGAAUUUUUUCAAUACAUUGGUUGAAGAAUAUCCAGAUAUUGCAAAACCAAUUGGAUUAGCAGCUAGAGAUUCGUUAAGAUUAGAAGCAGGUAUGUGUUUAUAUGGACAUGAAUUAGAAGAAAAUAUAACUCCAAUAGAAGCUUCAUUAGCUUGGUUAAUUCCAAAAACUCGUCGUGACGGUUCAAACAACAAUUUCAAUGGUUCUUCCAAGAUAUUAGAACAAUUAAAAAAUAAAUCAACAACUCAUAGAAGAAUUGGAUUAACUUCAAAAGGUCCUUCUCCAAGACAAGGUAAUAAAAUUUUUUCAGAAGAUGGUAAAACUGAAAUUGGUUAUGUUACUUCUGGAUCUCCAUCUCCUUCUUUAGGUGGUAAUGUAGCACAAGCUUUCAUAGAUAAAAAAUCCAAAAUUGGAACAAAUGUUAAGAUAGAAAUAAGAGGUAAAUUAAGAGAUGCUACAAUAACUAAAUUACCAUUUGUACAAAGUAAAUUAUAUAAACCUUGA